CCACCACACGCCAUUGCGCCCGCGACCUACAUCCCACCAAAUCUCCGCCUACGUCUACCGGUCGCUCGAACCCGAUAUCAAAAAAGGUGGUCACGAUGAGGGCUUCGCAGAUUCUCAGAGCCGGUGGUGGAGAGAAAAAGCCGGGACAAUAUCUUGGCCCAUGGGGUGCAUUGGGCUCCAUGCCACAGAAGGGCAUUGUGCACUACGGCAUUUCUGGUAACCGACAAAACCCACUUGCUGGAACAUUCAACGCAGCCAUUUUCAACACCUUCCGAAGGACACGCGGUCAAAUCCUGUACUGGGGUGUUCCUCUCUUGAUUGCGUACGAGUGUAUGCAAUGGGCUACUGAGAGAAACGAAUAUCUCAACUCGAAAGCUGGUCGAGCAGAAUUUGGUGACGUGGAGUAGAAUGAAAGAUUGUACAACGAAGAGAUAUUUGAGACACGAGCGGGACUGCAAGACGAUCUCAAAAGGAGAUACGAUCUCUUCCUCAUGCCAUCAGGGUAAAUCAGCAGCCGUGCAUUGUGAUUCUUGAAGGACUAUGCCCACUUCAUUCGAUAUCCGAAGACUGUCCUCCUCAACAGUUCAUCCUGUAAGAUCAAGUUAGUCAAGUACAAGCCGCACUAUGUCGAAGACUUACACCAGGGUCUUUCUC